UUACAACGAGAAAUGAAGUGUUUUAUUGGUUUUGUUUGUUUGGAACCUACCAAAGAAGCAAAUUAUAUUGUGUGUGUAUGUAUCUAGAAAACAAUUUUGACUUUUUUUUUCGGAGCAAAAAAAUUUUAUGAAAAUAAUAAAAAAAAACGGUAGCGCUAAGUAUCAAAACAGCAAAAGAUGUUCCUUGAAAGAAUACGGGAAGCUUACUAACGUCGCUGCGUGUAAAAUGAUGUUCGAUGCGACAAUGAGGUCCGGUACAUAUUGGUUAUGUAUGCGAAUGUAUCGGUGUAAGCGGCUUCUUGAUGCGAUGCAUGUAUUUGUGUAAACGGGCCCACAUCACAGCAACAUACACACACGCAGCACACAUACAAUUAUCGCUUGUGUGUUCGAUUGUGUGAAUUGGUUGAGUGUAUGUGGCUUUUUCUCUCGUCUUUUUCCAACUUGUCUUUUUCCUAAUGAGAGCGUAUUAAUGGAAUGCGUAGUAGGCCAGUCAUGUUACUAUAGCAACUUUUCAACCGUAUUUCAAUGUAAACAAUAGCUCCGUCGAAUCUCUGGAAACGACGAUUGUCCAUUUCGAAAAUAGCUAUUCGAUCAUUUGCCUUCAAGAAACAUGGACGAUGCUACAAGUUGUGUGACCAUACGAUUUUGAUAUCUAAAGCCAGAGAUAUCGUGCAUUUCUUUUUUAUUUUUGCCUUGACGAAGUGACUCAGUUUAUUUUUUCGUUUCGCGCGCAGCAAAAAGCAUUGUUUAUGUUUUAGUUGCUUUUCUUUGUAUCAAUUUUAAGAUGCGUGCCAUUCCCAAAUGGGUUGAAAAGAUCCACGAGGAGAAUGAGGAUAAAGAGCAAGCCGGGAUUCACUCGAUUUGCUUUCAUCCGGAGGGUAUUCAACUUAUCGUUGGCGCUUGUGACAAAGUUUUAGUGUAUGAACCAAAUGAAGGCACUCUUAUCGAAACGCUGACCGGACACAAGGACACCGUUUACGCGGUAGCAUAUGCAUACGAUGGCAAAAAAUUUGCGUCCGGCGGUUCCGAUAAAUGUGUCAUCGUUUGGUCCAACAAACUCGAUGGCAUACUCAAAUACUCUCAUAGCGACUCAAUUCAAUGCUUGGCCUUUAACCCGGUGUCACAUCAAUUGGUGUCGUGCACUCAGACAGAUUUCGCAUUCUGGUCGGCCGAACAGAAAGCGGUGCAAAAGUUUAAGGUUUCAUCUCGGAUAAAUUGCUGUGCCUGGACGAACGAUGGCCAGUAUUUGGCUUUGGGUAUGGCAAACGGGACUGUUUCCAUUCGAAAUAAG